CGCGUGGUCUUUUGAACCGGAGAAGCAGAUUCGCGGCCGGAGAUAAAUCGCCUAGAAUCGGGACUUGAAGAAAGAGGAAAUGAAUCUGCUGCCGAAACUCGAGAGUUCAGUGACUCGGCAGGAGAAGAUGGCGACCGUGUGGGACGAGGCUGAGCAAGAUGGAAUCGGGGAAGAGGUGCUCAAGAUGUCCACAGAAGAGAUUAUCCAGCGCACAAGGCUGCUGGACAGUGAAAUCAAGAUUAUGAAGAGCGAAGUGUUACGAGUUACCCACGAACUCCAAGCCAUGAAGGACAAGAUCAAAGAGAACAGUGAGAAGAUCAAAGUGAACAAGACCCUGCCCUACCUUGUCUCCAACGUCAUCGAGCUUUUGGACGUUGAUCCCAAUGACCAAGAGGAGGAUGGUGCCAACAUUGACCUGGACUCCCAGAGGAAGGGCAAGUGUGCCGUGAUCAAAACCUCCACACGGCAGACAUACUUCCUGCCUGUGAUUGGGUUGGUGGAUGCUGAGAAACUGAAGCCUGGAGACUUGGUGGGUGUGAACAAAGACUCCUAUUUGAUCCUGGAGACUCUACCCACAGAGUACGACUCACGGGUGAAGGCCAUGGAGGUGGACGAGAGGCCCACAGAACAAUACAGUGACAUCGGGGGCUUGGACAAGCAGAUUCAGGAGCUGGUGGAGGCCAUUGUCCUGCCAAUGAACCACAAAGAGAAGUUUGAGAACUUGGGGAUCCAACCUCCAAAGGGGGUGCUGAUGUAUGGGCCCCCAGGUACCGGGAAGACUCUGCUGGCCCGGGCCUGUGCUGCGCAGACCAAGGCCACCUUCCUGAAGCUGGCUGGCCCUCAGCUGGUGCAGAUGUUCAUCGGGGAUGGUGCCAAGCUGGUCCGGGAUGCCUUUGCCCUUGCCAAGGAGAAAGCUCCAUCCAUCAUCUUUAUUGAUGAGCUGGAUGCCAUCGGCACCAAGCGCUUUGACAGCGAGAAGGCCGGGGACCGGGAGGUGCAGAGGACGAUGCUGGAGCUUCUGAACCAGCUGGAUGGGUUUCAGCCCAACACCCAGGUCAAGGUAAUCGCAGCCACCAACAGGGUGGACAUCCUGGACCCUGCCCUGCUCCGCUCUGGCCGCCUGGACCGAAAGAUUGAGUUCCCGAUGCCCAACGAGGAGGCCCGGGCCAGAAUCAUGCAGAUCCACUCCCGAAAGAUGAACGUCAGUCCUGAUGUGAACUACGAGGAGCUGGCCCGCUGUACAGAUGACUUCAACGGGGCCCAGUGCAAGGCUGUGUGUGUGGAGGCGGGCAUGAUCGCACUCCGCAGGGGUGCCACGGAGCUCACCCACGAGGACUACAUGGAGGGCAUCCUGGAGGUGCAGGCCAAGAAGAAAGCCAACUUGCAGUACUAUGCCUAGGGCGUCACCCACCACACCAUCCCCUGCUCUCUUGCUGGUUAAAAUUCAUAAUAAAAGAUGGUUUCAGGUCUCUGA